CCUAGGAGACUAGCAGCAGCCAGUAGCGCUUAUCACCAGUGAGCUUAUAACUCUACGGUGCUCACACUCUUCCUCGAAUAAGCCAACAAAGUACACUGUAAACUUUACCAUAGCACACUACAAUUGCAGGUACAGCUCCUUUGGCCCGUUCGGAUUACCUGUACCAUGUGUGAUGGAGGACGCCUGGUGACGGGUAAACACCGUCAGUUACAGCGAUCGUAAACACGGAACCACGUCCCUUUCCUGCUUGCCCUAGGAUGACACUGAUAAGAUAGUGCAGGCAAGAAUAGGGCUUUUCCGUCUGGCGCGUGUAACGGAUGGUUCCACAAGCUUCUCACCGAUGCACGCACAAACAGGUUGGGAUGCACAGAAACAGGAAUUGAGCGAGCUUAUAUCGCCCACCGUACGCGUGAUCCGGGAAGUCUACGAAGGCGAAAAUGCUCACGAAAUGUUCCAGAACGAUCUUAACCGGGCAUUGUACAAAAAGAUUCGCUUCAUCAUCAUAGAGCCAACGCGGCUGGGCGAGGAAACGGAACGGUGGAUUGCGGUCGGAAAUUGUUUGCACAAGACGUCUUUGAUGAGUGGUGCGGCAUCGAUAGCGAUUGGUCUAGUGUGGAAGUUAGACGUUUUCAGUUACUCGUUUUGUGCCGUAUCAGUGUUUUGCACAAGUCUGUACAGCAUUUGCUGGGCCUGCGAUCCUUGUGUAGAGUAUCAGGUCGAGCGAAAGCGGAAGAAUUUGAUGAAAAUUCCGGUCCCUGAAGGAGCCUCCACACCGGUGGUGUUGGUGCACACCGGCAAUAAGAUCGUGAUGUUUAGCCACAGGAUAGUUACGCUGUUGGCGGCCUCAUUCUGUGCUUGGAAGUUGUACCAAACGUUGCAGUAAGACGAUAAAUGUAAGAAUUAUUGCUGGCCGGCAGCGAAAAAAUGCUGAAACAGUGUACAGUAUGCCGGUCCGGGUGUAUCUUCCUGACCGUGCAACGACGGAAGUUCCUUAUCGUCGCUAUUGCAAAGUACGCCACUCACUGCCGCCUUUGCAAAACAGACCUCCCGAAGAAAUCGAAGACAAAACCGUGCGAACCACAUCCCAAAUAUUAGUGCAUGCCAAAAUUAGAGGUGAGGUGGUUAGCAUCGUGAACAGCUCAUGGCAAUAUACCGUCGAAACAAUCGUUCAGGGCACGACAAACUUGCAGCAUUUUAUGAUCCGCUUCGGAAACUAUCGGAUAUUCAACCUUGCAGGGUAGCAUUUCAUUAUUUAUGUUUUUUUAUGUUAUUCCGCCAGAUUUCCACCAAUGAGGGUUGUCGAUUGUCACAAAUGAAGGUAUUUGCAUUUAAAAGAAUGAAAGAAUGAGGAACCAGGUGAACUGAAUUUCAUUAUUAACCUUAUUGGUUCAACUAAGGAGUGAUGAUAACGUCAUUUUGAGAGCGUGUUUUUAAGAAGCAUAAUUCCGCCCGGACGAUUUUAACACUUUAGUCACAUGUUGCGACCCUUGAUUGCAGAUCUUUCAACGCUUCUAGUAAUAUUUCAUACGCGAUGGACUCGAUUGAUCUGCUUUGUGAGCAUAACUCUGGUGAUCAGUCGAAAUCUUGUUGGGUUCUGAUCAUUAAGACCGAUAUUUGUUCAAAUCUCACACUAAGGAAAUGAUUAAAUGGACUAGUGUAGUGAAGCUGCUGAAAGAGGGAGUGCUCAAACAAAGCGAUCAAAAAUAUUACACUCCUAAGCUUGCCUGGUUGACCUCAUAGGUGUUGUACAGCAGUAAACGGUGUGAUGGAGAGUAUUAAAGACAAACAUUUUAUCAUCGGCACGUUCCUUGCUGGUUAAGGAUGCUCAACACACGGACACGGUCCUGGAAUAAUGGAAAUAGUGGAUGCGUAAAUAAUAUUGCUGAAAAAGUUAAAUAUGCAAAAGAAAAAUUGAGCACAGUUACAGCGCACUGGACCAGAGCACAGGUCAUCGGAGCUGGAGAUAAAUAAGCACUACGGCAAGUUUUACAAAGGUGAGCUGGGUGCAACGAAUGCAAAAAGAAGAUAACAAAAUAAGCCAACGGUAGUUGUAAAACUGUGAGAUAAACGUAAUGUUAUAGAGAAAUUGUGGUUGAAGUUUAAUUUUCAAUA